AUGCAGCAGGUGCUGAGUGUGCAGGUUCGGGCGUCAAGCGCGGGGAGCAGGUGGGUACAGGCAACAUCUAUGGACUCCAAGAUCCUGCUUGCCGGGCACGGGUGGCUCUGGGGCCGUAGAGGAUGGCGCGUGGCCAUUUUCCGCAGUGUGGAUUGGCGCUCGAGGGGCCAAUACGCGCAUGCCAUGGACCCCAUGCAGCACCUGGGCGCGCUAUACGUGGACGACCGUGAGCAGCAGCGCAAGAACUGCUGCAUCGCGUGCAAGAUCGGCGACUUCAGGCUCAGCGCGGACGAGGUGCUGCGCGGCCGCCUACGACGCGAUGCCCAAGGUGGCGAAGGUGGCGCGCCAGGAGGCUCGCGCGUCAUCAUGCUCGUGCGCUUGCCGCUCAUAUCCGACGCGUCGUGCGCGUUCGACACGUUCUGCGAGAUGUUCGUGGCCAAGGACAUCAACGCGUACCCCUACGGGUCGCAGCGGUUUGCUCCGUUCGCCUGCUUGUUGCAGGACAGGCUGCUCAGCGUGGCGGCGUGCGGACGGAUGAACUGUUUAAUCCUCUCGCUGGCGGUGGCGUUGUCCUUGCGCUUGAACUUGUCCCGCGACGACAGCGAGUGGCGGCGAAACUCCGAGUGGACCAACGGCGACGCCUCGCUGUCGCUGAGCGCCCCCAUGACGCUCCGCGUCGAUGCUCUUGUGCUCGGCGAGCACCCCUGUCUACGGGGCACCAGGACUGAGGCAGGAAAGCUGCUGAAGCAGGGCUGGAAGCCGCGCCGUUCCAUUGUGCUGGGCUCUUGGGACGGCGAGAAAGCUGCGGUCGUGUGCAUCAACAUCGAUAACGUCGUGGGCCCGCUGGCUCUGAACACGGGCACCCCGUCGAUUGCCAAGUUCAUCGAGAGCACAGCUAACGCCGUUCCUCCUACUAAAUCUACGGCGUGUACGACGGCACCUUGGCACUUGAUCCAGUUCGUGGGCUCUGGUUUGGACUUCACGCCGUUUUACCAGCACCUUGGCGUGAUCUCGGCUAACCUGGGCUUCACGCUCAACGACACCUACAUGUACAACAACAACAUGGACAGCUUCAUGUACAUGGAGACGGUGGGCGACCCGCACUACGCGACCCAGCUCAGUGGUGGAGACUCGUGA